GAGUGAGGUUCAAAGUUGAAACCUCAAAUUUCAAAAAAGGGGUAGUGUUUGCAGAGGGGAGAAAAAUAAUGGCAGGGUUCAAGCAUCUUGUUAUUGUUAAGUUUAAGGAAGAUGUGGUGGUGGAAGAGAUCUUGAAAGGAAUGGAAAAGUUGGUUUCUGAGGUUGAUGCUGUUAAGUCCUUUGAAUGGGGUCAAGACAUAGAAGGUCAAGAGAUGCUUAGACAAGGAUUCACCCAUGCCUUCCUGAUGACAUUCGACAACAAAGAAGACUACACUGCGUUUGUCAGCCAUCCCAGUCACCUUGAAUUCUCUGCUACCUUUUCUACAGCCAUUGAGAAGAUUGUGCUGCUUGAUUUUCCAUCUGUUCUUGCAAAGGCUCCGGCAUGAUCCUUAAAAUUUUUCAACAACAACAACAACAAUAAUAAUAAUAAAGCUACCAGAAAAUUAGUAUUUGACUAUUUGUUAUGCCUACCUCUCUUGUAUGUAUGUAUCUGCAUGUGUCUCCCUAUGUGUUAUGGCUUGUGAUUGCUGUCAAUUUUCAAACAUCUCAAUUUGUAUUAUUGAUAUGCGUCACAGACAUUUAGCUUGCUGGUGAAUGGACAGGUAGCUGAUUGCUGAACUCAGGAACCAUUAAA